AUGUUGACCCCUGCAAGCAGUAGCACCAGUACCAGCAGUAACAGUAGUCUCUUAUUGCCAGUACCCUAUCCUCAAAGAUCGCGAUCAGCAUCGCGAUCGACUAGUUUACUGCCCAGACCAGUGGCAUCACGGUCUCGCGGGGUUUCCGAAUCGUUGCAGCAGCGUCCGUUACCCCGCACCAACAAUAGCACCAGCAGCCGUGUUUCAUCGACUCUGGAAGCCGAACGAUGUCACAUUGCUGUUCAAUGCCACGGAAUGCAGAAUGCUGGAUAUCAGAUCGAUGAGCAACAGCAUGUCAUCCGAGUAGUGACGGGUGCAUCAAGCGCCGCUAAAAAGUUCAAGUUCGACCGAUUCUUCAAUGGAAACAACAGCAGUAUCGACAUAUACCGUGCUUCUAUCAAGCCGAUUGUUAUCCAGGCAAUGGAGGGCUAUAAUGGAACGAUCAUCGGCUAUGGAGCGCCUACAGACACUUCUAGCAUGCUAGGUAAAACGAAAUGGUUGCCAACUGACGUUGGAUUAUUUGUAUUAAAAGAUCAUUUUGAGUCAGGAGAAGAUGGGAUCAUCUUUCAGGCUAUAGAUACCUUAUUCGAUAUGACUCAACAGUUGUCAGACAGAGAGUUCCUGUUGCGUAUGGCGUUAAUGGAGAUUCGUAACGAGUCAAUACGCGAUCUUCUUCCCGUGACUGAUCCACAGCAUCUUGGAAAAAUCUGUGACAAGAAAACACAUCUAGGUGCUUCUUGUAGACCGAUGGCAUCGGCGAUCCAAGUGCGUAAAUUGAUUCAUGAAGGAUUGGCAAAUCGAUACUUGGUUAGCAAAGAUCCACAAGGCCAUCUCAUUCUGCAAGUAAUUAUCGAAAGUCGUGAUUUAUGGAAGCCACCCAGCACAUCCCAAACAUCAAAAAUUCAACAAGCAGGAUGCAAAAGAGUCAAUGAGACGGUCAAAGUAUCAAAAUUGACGCUAGUCUUACUUGAUGACGAAGGCCAAGGACAAUUUGCAAAAUCGGCCGUGGAUAAAAGCCUAUUGACACUUAAAACCAUCUUGUCCCAUAUGGCAGAUAAAGGAUUAUCGAGUGGUUCAAAUCGGCGUCUUUUUCAGGAAUCGAUGAUCACGCAAAUAUUGGAGAAUUCAUUGCUGGGCGAUGCCAAAAUGGCGUUCCUUUGUACUUUGGACGGGCAUGACCCAAGAGCCAUUACGACCGUUCUAAAAGUGGCAACCCAAUUCCGACAAAUAACCUCUGCUCCUAGAAUUCACGAAAUAUAUUAUGAGAAAUCCCACAUGAACCAUUGUCAACGCGAGAUUGGGAAGCUUCAAGCAAGGGUUCGCACUGCUACUGGUUUAGCAGGGAUGCAAUCAAUACAAACCGUUUUGACGGACAGAUUACGGUUGUGGAAGCAAUACUUCAUAUCCUCUACGUCUCCACCUGCCCUCCAUCUUUCUAUGGAUGGCGAGAAAAAGCCGUCGGAGCAUGCUCCCAUGUUGGAACAACAGUUAUUGGAAGCCAAUGCUGCCAACGAAGAGCUGAGAAAGCAGCUGCGUGCGACUGAAAUCAGACUGAAAGAACUGGAGAGCAAUAGUCUGGCUGAUCGAGUAGCCCAGUUGGAAGUCGAGCUCAGCAUCACGAAAACGGAGCUUCAUGUAACCAAAUUAUUGUCAAAAGAAUCGGCACAUUUCACCGAUGCAGCCAAGGAUCCACUCAUCUGGCAUAUGACAUCGCUUUAA